AGGAUCUGCGGGGUCUGUGGGGCACGGGGGCAGAAUUCCAUCCCGGGGUCCCCAGAGGGGAAGGGCCAGGCUCCUGCUCCCUGUGCUGACCGUGUCUCUGCAGCCCCGGCAGGCCCGGCAUGGUGCAGAUCGUCAUCUCCAGCGGUGGCACGGGCGGCCCGGCACAGUGGGUGCUGCUGGAGCUGCAGGGCGAGGUGGAGCCCCGGCAGGGCGGGGAGCUGGCCGGGAGCCUGCUGGGAGACCUGCACUACACCUGUGAGGGCGUGCCCGUGCUCAUCGUGGGCCACCACAUCCUCUACGGGAAGGUGGUGCAGCUGGAGAAGCCGUUUGCUGUGCUGGUGAAGCAGGGAGGAGCCUCCCAGCCCAGCCACUACGCCGUGACUGCCCUCAUCAAAACCAAGCUGCUCUUCAAAACCCGCCCCAAGCCCAUCAUCACACACGUGCCCAAGAAGGUCUGAGGGGAAGGACGUGGGCUACGAACUGUGAUCUGCUGCUGGAAAGAGCAGCAGGGACUUGGGGAGAUGCAGGACCUCAUCCCUGUCCUGCACAGGGGACUCUGGCUCUGCUGGGUCCUGUCUGGGCACCCAGAGCCAUUCCUGGGUCACUUGUCCCCCCGAAAAUGACUCUUCAGAGAGCAACCAAGCUCUUGGCCACAGAGCCCAUGGAUCACCCCAGGGGACGUGGCUCCUGGAAGGCAGGGACUUCUGUGAGCCUGGGAGGGGUGUCCCACCCAGGGGCUGUCCCACCCAGGGGCUGCCCACGGUGUCCAGCAGGUCCCAGGGGAUCCACUGGGUCCCAGGGAUCCAUGGAGGUGCCAGUGUGGAGAUGUCUCCUUCUACCCCCUCUCUGUCCCUGUGGGACACCAGUGCUGCCACGCAGGGACUCAGGACCAGCCUCCCUCAAGUCGGGCAGGGGGUUCAGGGACCCUCCCCAAAACACACCAUUGUCCUCACUUUGUGUCUUUAUUUCCACAACUCCGUCAGGAUAUAAAAACCAGCCUUUUCCACCCGAAAUAUGGAAAAAAAUUCCCCUGGCAGGUUCAAAAAUAAAUAGAUUUACAAACCAUCUGCGACAAUA